AGGCCCGGGGACCCGCAGUCUGCGCAGGACAAGGCGCGCAUGGACAAGGAGUACCUGUCGCUCAUGGCCGAGCUGGGCGAGGCCCCCGUGUCCGUCAGCUCCAACGCCGCCCACAACAACAGCCCCUUGUCCAGCAGCCACCGCGCCGCCAGCCAGGCUGGGGGGCAGCCCCCCCCGAGCCGCCCCCCCUGGAUGAGCUCGGCGCCCUCGGAGAACCGCCCCUACCAUGGGCUGCACGGGGGACCAGGGGGGCCAGGG